AUGGCAUUUACAGAGCACGAAGAAAAAGUUUCAGAAUUCUAUUCCCGUGUAGUGGAUAACAACCAUGACUGGAAUGAUGGAUUUCUCACAUUUGGAUUGUGGAAGACGAAAUCCGGCGAUCCUAUACCACACCCUUUGUGUUAUGGAGCAGUGUAUGAUGAGCUGUUAGAAGGUACUAUGAUACAGGCUGAUCACAGCGUGCUGGAUGUUGCUUGUGGGCAGGGAGCUGGCAUGUUACGAAUCAAAUCCCAGAAUGGCUGCAACAUCCAAGGUCUGGACAUCAGCGCUGCAAACGUGGAAAUAGCGAAGCGAAGACUGUGCGACACUGGAAUUACUGUAACGCGCGGUAGCGGAACGAAGAUGCCCUAUGAUGAAAAUUCUUUCGAUUGUGUUAUCUGUGUGGAAGGAGAACCACACAUGAAUAGCAGAGAAGAUUUCUUUCGAGAAGCAUUUCGAGUUCUAAAGCCUGGAGGAAAAUUGUUCAUGGCUGACAUUGUCACUCUUAAAGCACUUCCUGAUCUGAGUUACCUUCAGCAGAUCAUUUUGAAGACCGCAGCGAAGUUAUGGGUGAUUCCUAUCACUAACUUGUCCUACGGAAUCGAUGAUUACAAACAGAAAUUAAAGGACAUUGGGUUCAAGUUGACAAAGUUUGAAUUCUUAGGCGACAGAGUAUUACCAGGUUAUUGUAAUUUUAAUCUUACGCUAUCGGUUAUGCGAGAACAAGCAAAAGUAAGAGGUCCGUUCGUCGGUUACGUGGGAGGUCCAAUGAUUGAUAUUAUUGUUAAAAUGGCUUUCUCUCACAAAAUUAUCGAAUAUGUCUUUGUUGAGGCCGAGAAAGAAGUUAUCAAAUAA